ACUUCAGUGAGGAAACAGCUUUCGCUAUGAGCAGUUGUGGAUCCAAAAUUUGGCUCUUGGCCAAUCUUUUGUUAAUCGCUUUUAUAGCCGCCUCUGAAAGUGUCGAUUAUCGUCUAAACUUGAAUGUAUUGCCAUCGCUAUAUAAUCUAACUAUCGGUAUACGGGGCGAUGCUGAUAAUCCAGGUGCCAUAUUCGAUGGCGAAGUUAAAAUAACGCUUCAGACCAAACACAUCGAUGUGUAUCGUAUAACUCUGCACACGGAUUCCAUUGAGAUCGAGGACUGUUGGCUUUACAAUGCUACUGGUGAUCUGGUUGAGCAUAUUGUUGCUGCUCGGCUAAUAUAUGAGCAGGAGACCAAUAAGUUGACAGUGCCUUUGGCCAAGGCAAUGACAAUCAAUCAAAACUACAUAUUGCACUUCAAGUACACAGGGAAAGUAAGAACUGACACGGCUGGCUUGUUCGCCGUUAGCUAUGUGGAGGAGCAGACAAAAAAGACCAAGUGGGUGCUCCUAACUGAAAUGCAGAAUAUCAAUGCCCGUCGAGUCUUUCCCUGCUUUGACGAACCCGCCAUCAAGGCCAAGUUCGAGGUGCACAUUGGAAGACCAAGUGGAUUUAAUGCAAUCAGUAAUACAAAGUUAAUCAGAACCACAAAUGAGGGCAAUAAUCGUUUUAUGGAUCACUUUGAUAUGACGCCCAUUAUGUCCACUUAUCUUUUGGCUUUUGUAAUCUCUGGGUAUCGGGCUCGAGGCAAUACCAGUGAGAUGGCCAUUUACACUCGACCGGAGUUUUACCAAUACACCGAGUUCAGUUAUUCGGUUGCACAACGAGCACUUCCCGCCUUCGAGAAUAUAUUUCAGACCUCCUACAAGGAGUUGGGCAACGAACUCUUCCAAUAUGCGACUACUCCUCGUUUUCCCCACAAUAGCAUGGAGAAUUGGGGUCUAGUGAUAUUCAAGGAUAAAGUUGUUUUGGAAGAGAAAGGUUAUACUGAUGGCUGGUCACAAAAGGAAUUUACCAUUCGCAAUAUUGUCCAUGAAAAUUCCCACAUGUGGUUCGGCAACAGUGUGACUUUCAAAUGGUGGAGCUACGUCUGGAUGCAGGAAGGAUUUGCUCGCUUUUAUGAGUUUUUUAUGGGACACAAGUUAUAUCCGGAGCAUCAGCUUGACCAACAGCUUGUGAUAAGAAAGGUGCAACAUGUGUUUUCAACCGACGCUCUCAAUAUCACACAGCCGAUGACCAGCCCAGAGAAUAGCAUCCAAUCGCCCGCCGAUAUAGACUACAAGUUCGGGAGAGUAUCAUUUGCCAAGGCCGCUUGCGUUAUUCGCAUGUGGCGUAAUGCCAUGGGAGGAGACAACUUUGAUAAGGCCAUCAGAAGCUACCUUAAGAAACAUCAUUUGGGCAACGUAGAGCCAAAGGAUUUGUUUGCACAACUUAAAGAUCACUGGCCCGCUAAGCAGAAUGUGAACUUGGAUCAGUUCUUUUCCGACUUCACUGAGCAGCCGGGCUAUCCAAUGAUAACGGUUAAUAUAAGUCAGGAAAACCAUUUGAUUGGCCUUCGUCAGAAACGAUUUUUAUCCAAUCCUGGAGAUGGCAGCGAUCCCAGCUUGCGCUACACAAUUCCGAUUACAUUUGCAACAAAUUUGGAACCCAAUUUCCAAAAUCUUACACCUCAUAUGUACUUCGAUAAGGUUGUGGAUGUGGCUCUGAUUUAUUCCAAAGAACCAAUCGAUUGGAUUAUCCUGAAUAAACAACAAUCCAACUACUAUCGAGUGUUCUACGAUACUCCAAUUCUACGCAAAAUUCAAGAGGCUCUGUCCAAGGAUGGUCACAGUUCCAUCGCAGUUGAGAACCGUGCACAGCUCGUUAAUGAUCUCUUCAAUUUUGCAAGCGUGGGAAUGAUCGAUUAUGCCGAGGUCUUUCAGUUUCUGGAGUAUUUGAGUAAAGAAGUCGAAUACAUACCCUGGUUUGCGGCUUACGAUGGUCUUCAGGAUGUUGUCCGACGCUUAACCCCACAGCAGCUGACACAUUUCGAGAAAUAUCUUCGCGAUAUCACAGCUGCGGUCUACUCUAAGCUUGGCGUGUUUUGGAGCUCGGAAGAUAACGUUCUGGAUGUGUACAAUCGUGACAUGCAAGUUGCCUGGCUAUGCAAGUUCAAGAACUCUGAUUGCAAUCGGCAGGUGACUUUCAAUUUUGAAGGAAACCUGAACAAGCCAUCUCCAGAUUAUCGGGAAACCUUCUAUUGUGCAGCUGCCCGAUCAGCCGGAUAUGACCGCUUGUUGGACUUAUACCAAAUGGAGACCAACUUCAACGAGCGAGAUCUACUUUGGAAAUCAGUCAGUUGUACAAGGGAUUACCGCAGACAUUACCAGAACGAGAUAUUGAACAGCUCUACAAGCGUGUUCCAAAAGACUGUUGGAUUGGCACAGAUGUAUCAACAGAAUCCGGACUUGAUAACCAGCAUUUAUCUUAUGAUUACGGAGGACAUCGAGCUGUUAGCUGAUGCUUUGGGCAGUUGGUCAAAGACCGCCGAUGUGUUGAGUAAUAUGGCAGACUAUUUCACAACGCGGGAACAGGAAAAGCUAUUCUCUGACUUCAUAGAUAAGGAUUCCAAAUUAUUUGGCGACUCGGCAGUAACACUUAAGACGGCUCUAAGUACAGUGAACAAAAAUGUGCAAUGGGCAGAGCAGAGAUUGGGCAAGCUAGUCAACUUUUUGAUAUCAAGGAAUGGCGCUGCUGCCGUUGGGCUGACGAUGGCGACGACGCUGCUAAUGAUGAUGUCGACGGUGCUCAGCUUUUUGCUUAAACUAUGAUUUGUGAAUAUGUAUUUGGAAAUAAAGGAGCGCAAGUCGCUCGCUCAGCAGGA